UUCUUCGUCUUUCUCUCUUCCCCUCUCGAACGAAACCCUCAUUUCCCAUUCCACUCCCAAAGAAACAAAAUAUCCCCCCUAAACCGUCCGAACGAACUUCUCAAACAAACCCUAAAGAUUCCAACACAUAACAAACUCAGAGCGAGUCUUGGAUGGAGCGCAAAUCGAAUCGCUGAGUUGAACCGGGUUGAAGAUCUGAGUCUCCAAAGUCCAAGCGGUGUUUGACGCGCGCUAAUGGGUGCCGCGGGCUCCAAGCUGGAGAAGGCUCUCGGCGACCAGUUCCCGGAAGGCGAGCGCUACUUCGGCCUCGAGAAUUUCGGCAACACUUGCUAUUGUAACAGCGUCUUGCAGGCUCUUUAUUUUUGUGUCCCAUUUCGUGAACAACUUCUAGAGUAUUAUGCAAACAACAAAAAUAUUGGGGACGCCGAAGAGAAUCUGUUAACAUGCUUGGCAGACCUAUUUACACAGAUAAGUUCGCAGAAGAAGAAAACAGGUGUCAUUGCUCCAAAGCGCUUCGUACAAAGAUUGAAGAAACAAAAUGAGCUUUUCCGUAGCUAUAUGCACCAGGAUGCCCAUGAAUUUUUGAAUUUUUUGCUGAAUGAACUUGUUGACAUACUGGAGAAAGAGGGCCAAGCUGCAAAAAGUGACCCUGAAACUUCAUCGCCUUCUGAUAAAGCUGCAAAUGGGCCAAAGAAUACUCUUGCCAAUGGUCAUCUAAAAGACCCUUUAGUAACCUGGGUGCACAAAAAUUUUCAGGGAAUACUCACCAAUGAAACGAAGUGCCUGCGAUGUGAGACAGUGACAGCAAGGGAUGAAACAUUUUUAGACUUGAGCCUUGAUAUUGAACAGAAUAGUUCAAUUACAAGCUGUUUGAAAAACUUCAGCUCCACCGAGACAUUGAAUGCGGAGGACAAAUUUUUCUGUGACAAAUGCUGUAGUUUGCAAGAAGCACAGAAGAGGAUGAAGAUAAAGAAGCCACCUCACAUUUUAGUCAUCCAUCUAAAGCGUUUCAAAUAUAUUGAGCAGCUGGGUCGCUACAAGAAGCUAUCAUACCGGGUUGUCUUCCCGCUUGAGCUGAAGCUGAGCAACACAAUGGAAGAUGCAGAUUCUGAGUAUUCCCUGUUUGCAGUAGUUGUCCAUGUUGGAAGUGGGCCCAACCAUGGCCACUAUGUCUGCCUUGUGAAAAGCCAUAACCAUUGGUUAUUUUUUGAUGACGAAAAUGUUGAGAUGAUUGAUGAGUCUUUUGUGCAGACAUUCUUUGGGUCAGCGCAGGAAUAUUCAAGUAAUACGGAUCAUGGGUACAUUUUAUUCUAUGAGAGCCUGGGCUGCAGUAACAAGAGCUGAGAAGAGGGGCUUUUGCAUUUACUUGGUUAGAUAUUUUAAUUACUUGGACUCAUUUUUCUUCUGUUUCUUAUGUCUUUUUUUUUUCUUUCUUAUUUCUUCUUUUUCCCUUUCUCAACCUAUGGAAAGGAGAUGUCAAAUGUCAAUGAGAUGUUAUGGGUUGUGAAAAAUGUAUACUUAGGGUGCUUGCCAUGUACAGUGGAAGUUGGAAGCACACUCUCCUUUUGGUUUUUCACAAUAAGAAGAAAAAGAGCAGUGUAUAUGGAUGGUGUGUGUGACAGAAUUUCACAGAGAAAGAAUGUAUUCUUCA